AUGCAAGAAAAUACCACGGAAAUAGCUAGAUUGCCACAAAAGCGCUAUUAUAGGCAGAGGGCACAUUCUAAUCCACAUUCUGAUCACACAUUCGAUUAUCCAUACCAUCCAGAUGAUAUGGUGUGGAAGGAUUUGUACCCGAACAUUGGGGCACAGCAAGUGGAAUUCCUAGACAUUGGAUGUGGCUACGGGGGUUUCCUUAUUGAACUCGGAAAGACUUAUCCUAAUAAAUACGCCCUUGGAAUGGAAAUAAGGGUUAAAGUGUCAGAUUACGUAAUGGAUAAGAUCAAGGCUCUGCGAGUCAAUGAACCAGGCAGCUAUCAGAAUAUAGCUUGUAUCCGCACAAAUGCCAUGAAAUACUUGCCCAAUUAUUUUCACAAGGGUCAAUUGACAAAGAUGUUUUUCCUGUAUCCCGAUCCACAUUUCAAGAAGGCCAAACACAAAUGGAGAAUCAUCAAUUCAUCUCUCCUCACGGAAUACAGUUACUUCCUGAGAAGUGGAGGGAUGAUCUAUACAAUAACCGAUGUAGAGGAUCUUCAUGAAUGGAUGGUCAAAUAUAUAAUGGAACAUCCAAAUUUUCAAAGGAUUCCUCUUGAUCAGUUGACUGAUGAUCCACUUGUUGAGAAAUUGUACGAGUCAAGUGAGGAAGGCAUUAAGGUGUCUCGCAACAAAGGGAGCAAGUAUGUUGCAAUAUUUCGUCGCCUCUGAAAAGGCUCUUGAAUUUAAUGUAUUACGAUAUUUUUAUUAUUCGAAUCACUUGAAUAAAUUUUCUUUUGAAGUGAUGGAUAUUUUAAUAAAAAAUGAAACUGAACGUAA